AUGGAAGUACAUGUUAAACUAAAUGAGAAAUUUCGGCUGCAAAUCGCACAGUGUCUUGAAUGCGAUAACGUUCUGAGCGAAGAUGAGCGCAGAUUACUGAGAAAAAUGCUGAAACUAGACAUCUGCGAUCUUCGAAGUCUGGCACUUGUUAGAAAAGGUGUUCGUGGUCAUUUUCAUAUGCAUGAACAGCUUAUGGACUGUGAGAUUCUUCUACCACAGCCGGAGGUACCACGGAGAAAUCCUGAAUUGGAAGCGCGGGUGCAGAGGCUAAAGAGGGAAUUGGCAGAACGACAAUACCGGGACAUGACGCGAGACAUUGACUGCAAAACAGAAACAGACCCGUUCGCAUUGCGCUCGCUUGGGCAGGAGCUGAAGACGAUCGAUCGUCAGUUGAUCAGUAUCUUCAACAUGGUGUUCACUGUCGUUGGCGUGUUUGUUUUCUUCUAUCACUGUUCCAAGUAUCUGUUCAACAGCGAAAACACGUUUGUCGGACGACUUUUAUUUGGUACUGUUGCUGCGUCCAUAGUGUUUGUAGCUGACAUGUACUUCUUAAUCAAAAGCAUCCGGAUGUAUUUUAGACGCUUCUGUUCUUAUUUAAGACAAAACUUCUAA